AUGGCUGGCGGGAAGAAGAAGAAGAAGCCUGCGGCGAAUCCGGCCAGAGCUGUUGCAACCACAUCUAUUAUAUCGAAGUCGAAAGCAGAAGUUCCCGAGGUAGAAACAACCCCUCCAACGACGCUCCAGGACGUCGAAGUGCAGCAAAAGGAUGCCAUAGACACCAACGGAAUUGGAAAUUCAGGGCGGCCACAGAAGGAUCUGACUCCUGAAGAAUUCGAGAGGCAACUCGAAGACUCCGAGCUUCAAGUCCUAGUAGAAAAGUACGCCCAGAAGUCCAAAAGAGAUGCCCUUCGUCAAAAAACGAGGUUGGAGACUGAUCGCCGUGUAUUGAGGGGUCAAGCAGAGAACCUCAAUACGAGAAAAUGGCUUCCGCCAGAACUCAUGGAAGAGAUCUUGGAUUUGGUCAAGUCCGAGGGGCGGUUUACGGGCCAGACAGUGGAUGGCUCUAGCAGUAUGAAACCUCCAUCAGAAGAAGAGCUCACCAUAAAACUCUGGACUCUUCAACAAGCACUUAUUGGUGCUGGCUUUUUGGACGAUAAAGUUAGCCAGGCCCUGAGGAUUAUACUUGAUAUCUCGGACAAAAUAGGGGUGGGGAAUAAAGAUGCAAUUUGGGGCAUGGAGGAAGCUCUGGAGUGGCUUUCACGCGAGUGCUCGAGGAAAGAGCUCCCAGAUUAUGAGCAUUGGCAAAGAAAGCGAAUUAUUCCCAAAUCACAGAUAGUAGAAAACCCAUCUUAUAGUCCGUUGCCAUCUGGUGCAACGACCCCACGUUUUGAAUCUGACAAUAGGCAUAUUGGUCAUGACCCAAAUGGCAGUGUCUCUCAAUAUGAGAAAAAGAGUUCGCCUGUCAAAAUGGUGCCUGCCAUCGAUUACGACAGCGAUUUGGACCCAGAUGAUCUGUUGCCAGCAUAUCUAGAAUGCAAAACAGAAUUAUUUCAUUUACAACCACCCACCCCGAAACCGCCAACCUCACGCCCAGGUGGUCGGAACCAUACCCCCUACUCCCGUCCUUCGGCGUCUCCUACGGACCCAGAGACCGCAAAACUUCUAAGGAAGAUCAAAAAAAUCGAAGAUGAUAUUCUGUUUGAUCAGUACGUAGCCGAUCAGCAAUGGGAAAUAAAAAGAAUCCAGCUAGAGAGAGAUGCCGCUGCGCAUCGGAGUGCCCUUCAGUCGAGUCGGGAUGCAGGUUCUCAAGGAUCGGAAAGUCUUGUUGACUCAGACGAUGAUGUGAGCAAAAAGGCGGCUAAAAUAGGGGCGGCGUUGCUCGAAGACACAGGUAGUGAUGAUGAGGCAGCUCUCGCGGACUUAUUCGCAAGCCUACCAGUCAACGAAGUCGACCCCCUCACGGGCAAGAGUAGCACUGUUAUCAAUGGAACCAAUGGGGUGAAAGUUACCGUACGGGACUUUGGAAAAUGGACAGGGGUAAAUCCAACAAGAGUUUUGGAAGAAGCCUGUAGAGCUAGGGACUCGUCUGCUAAGUUGAACUUUACUUUGCUCUCUGAUUCAAGUUUCUCCAAUCGUCAUUCGCUCCGCAUCCUGUGGUCGAAGGCGCAGGAGACUGAGUUAACCUCACCUCCAGAAAUUGAGUAUUUUGCGUCGCCGAAAUCGCAGACAUUUACUAUGAUAUCUGUAUCCGCGCCAGAUGGUAGGCAAUCAGAGGCAUACGUUGCAACAACAGCUCUGUUUCUCAUAUUUAGCUCAUCUGCAAAAGAAGAUAAAGUUUUCCUUCGUCUGCCUGCUACGUGGAGAGACCUGUGGACGGAAUUCGCGGAAGCGAAGAAAGAGAAGCUGGAUGAAGCAGAUCGAGCUAGUAUUCGCACUUUUCGCGAUAUGGUUCGCGAAAAGAGAGACCAGGAACUCGAAGAUGGUGUUCUAAUCAAAGGCGCCUUUAAAAACCGCGGCUCUACUCGGACACUGGAGAAUAGUGACGAAAUGAAGGGAGAUAAGGCCCCAAAAUCAGCUCUAGCACCUGAGGCCUACCAGAGAAUCUGGCUAGAGAAGUCUAGCACACAAAGUUAUCAAGUAAUGCUCCAAUCGCGCAUGCAAUUGCCAAUGUGGGGAUUCAAAAAUGAAGUUCUCAGCGCGAUUGACAAAGCCCAGGUGGUCAUAGUUUGUGGAGAGACAGGAUGUGGUAAGAGUACCCAAGUUCCUGCUUUUAUAUUAGAGUAUGAGCUUUCAAAGGGCAAACCAUGCAAAAUAUACUGCACAGAACCGCGACGUAUAUCGGCAAUUUCGCUCGCUCGGCGUGUGAGUGAAGAGCUUGGAGAGCGUAAGAAUGAUCUCGGGACGUCUCGCUCACUUGUUGGCUACGCAAUUCGUCUCGAAUCAAAUACGUCAAAAGAAACCAGGCUUGUAUAUGCAACUACUGGCAUUGUCAUGAGGAUGCUAGAGGGGUCCAACGAUUUGAGAGACAUCACGCAUAUCGUUCUAGAUGAGGUACAUGAGCGUACUAUUGACAGCGAUUUCUUAUUGAUCGUCCUACGAAAGCUCAUGGUCAAAAGACCCGAUCUAAAGGUGGUAUUGAUGUCCGCGACAGUUGAUGCCGACCGCUUUUCGAAAUACCUUGAUGGAGCUCCUGUUUUGAGGGUUCCUGGUCGCACCUUCCCCGUCCAAGUGCAGUAUCUAGAAGAUGCGGUUGAGCUUAUCGGAUAUUCUCUUGACAAUGGUCAACAGGAGAAGCUCACAGACCUUGAUGAUGACAUAGAGGUUGGAGAGGCAGCUACCAGCGACCCGGCCAAGUCUGGGAAUACAAAGGCCCUGCGUGGAUAUAGCGGCAAGACGAGGAGCACUAUUGCACAGAUCGAUGAAUACAGAAUCGAUUUCGAGCUCAUUACGCAACUUUUGACUAGGCUUGCAACUGACACGCACUUUGAGAUGUACAGCAAAGCAAUAUUGGUUUUUUUGCCAGGCAUUGGAGAAAUCCGGCAACUCAAUGACAUGCUUGUUGGGCAUCCUCAGUUCUCUUCGAACUGGUAUGUGUAUCCAUUGCAUUCUACCAUUGCGAGUGAAGACCAGGAAGCAGCCUUCCUGGUGCCGCCUCCAGGGACGAGGAAAAUCGUUCUUGCCACAAACAUUGCUGAAACCGGCAUCACCAUCCCCGAUGUGACCUGUGUUAUUGAUACUGGAAAGCAUCGAGAAAUGAGAUUUGAUGAGCGAAGGCAGCUUUCCAGGCUUUUGGAAACAUUCAUAAGCAAAGCAAAUGCCAAACAGAGAAGAGGUAGAGCUGGUAGAGUCCAGGAGGGCUUAUGUUUCCACCUCUUUACUAAGUAUCGUCACGACGAACUUAUGGCCGAUCAGCAAACCCCCGAGCUUCUUAGAUUAUCUUUGCAGGAUCUUGCUAUUCGUGUUAAGAUCUGCAAACUUGGCGGCAUCGAAGAGACCCUCAGUGAAGCUCUCGACCCACCAUUACCGAAGAAUAUCCGCCGUGCGGUUGAUGCUCUCAUCGAUGUCAGGGCUUUAACUCCAGGGGAAGAUCUGACCCCGUUGGGUAUUCAGUUGGCAAGACUUCCCCUUGAUGUUUUCUUGGGUAAACUCAUUCUGUUGGGUAGCAUUUUCAAGUGCUUAGACGCUGUCAUUACCGUUGCAGCUAUUCUUUCCUCAAAAUCGCCUUUCGUUGCUCCAUUUGGUGCACGAGGCCAAGCAGAUACAAUUCGGCAGUCAUAUCGGAGAGGUGACUCGGAUCUUCUUACUGUUUAUAACGCUUAUUUAGCAUGGAAGCGAGUCUGCCUCAGCAAUGGCUCAGAAUAUCAAUUCUGCAGAAAGAACUUUCUCAGCCAGCAAACACUAUCAAAUAUCGAAGACUUGAAAGGACAACUUAUUGUGUGUUUAGUUGACUCGGGCUUUCUGCCCCUCACGGAAGCUGAGCGAAGCAACCUGAACCGAAUGCGCUAUUCGACAAGACGCCGGCAAUUCUUCGAUAUACCUCAACGAGCGAAUGUCAAUAGUGAUAACGAUCUCGUCACAACCUCGGUGAUUGGUUGGAGUUUCUACCCAAAACUCCUCAUCAGAGAUGGAAAGGGAUUCCGGAAUUGCGCCAAUAAUCAGUCCAUCAGUCUACACCCAUCAUCUGUAAACAAGGGGCAUCAUGAACUAAAAUGGCUUUCGUACUACCAUAUUAUGCAGGCGAAACAAUUCUAUAAUGCCCACGAAACUACAGCAAUCGAAGAAUUUGCCAUUGCGCUCCUCUGUGGCGACGUCCGCUGUGAUAUGUACGCUGGUGUGUUUAUCCUUGACGGCAACCGUGCGCGAUUUGCAGUGUCAGACUGGAAAACAAUGCUUGUAAUCAAGACUCUUCGAUCCCGUCUUCGCGAUAUUAUGACUCGUUCCUUCAAGAAUCCUGGGAAGGCUCUCACGGCCCAGCAGCAAAAAUGGAUGGAAGUUUGGCAGAAAAUAUUUUCACAGGAAGAAGUUCAAGCAUAA